AUAUCAUGGGUAAGCACACAUCACAUUUAAAUCUACAGCAUUCAGCAUGGAUAUGUUCUUCUCAAUGCUUUAAACCAGGACCAUGGCAUAACAAAUCAUAUAUACAAUAGUACAACUUGUAUUGAAUAUACUAUAUGCUGAACAUUGCACAUACAUACAUCCAUUAGUGUAUUUAUGAAAAAUGAAAAACAGCCAUAACAAAGUAUCGGUUCAGAAUGCAAAAAGGACCAAAUUGCUAUAUAUAUAUAUAUAUAUAUAUAUAUAUAUAUAUAUAUAUAUAUAUAUAUAUAUAUAUAUAUAUAUAUAUAUAUAUAUAUAUAUAUUAGACACACACACACACAGGGGCGCUAGAUACUUCCAUUCACGCAUACACACCAUGUAUAUAGAGUGUUGACAGCACAUCUCCAUGUAUUUGUACAAUAUGAUGUGUCUAAAUAUAAUACCCCUUCAUGUAUAUGACAUUGACAUGAUCAAUCUACUGUAUGUUUCUCUUUAGAAAAAGGCUCUCCACAAAGAUGUAUGCAAAUGAUAUUGUGGCAUCUAAUGGCAUUCUAGUUUUGGAGGUGGAUAAUAACGGCUUCAAACAUUAAUUGUGAGUUUUGAAAAAGCUGUGCAAGUGAGUGGCAUUUCCUUGCUUCAUCAAGGAACAGAACAUUUUAAACAAAUCAAUCCCAAUUCAGUGGUAUGAGUUCUCAAUUCUAAAGCCACAAUCCUUCUAGCAGAGUAAAAACCACAACUUUGAUGAAGGCAAUUAUGUGUAUUGUGAUUGUAUGCAGCGUUGGCAUUGCAUUUUUGUAAUGUAUUCCUUUAUUAAAGCUGCUAAAUGGACAGUGGCACAAAAAUAACAACUCUUGGGUAGGUCUCAGAACCAGAUUUGGUAAAAGCGUUGAAAAAAAUAAUUUGUCUCUCUUUGUUUUAAGGUGUUCUGUGUGUCUGGAAGAGUAUCGAUUGAACUGUCUUCUUGCAAAAAGAAAGGAAAGCUAAAAGGACAAGGGUCUGAGAUAGAGAUUUUGCCUACAAGUGACAGCCAUGUUUACUAAGGAAGCUGUUUCACCUUAGACCAGGGUAUGUUUGUGCAUGCAGGCCCAGUUCUGCUCGUUUAAAGAUAUGUUUUACUACUUAGCGUUCCUUUACAGAAUGGGCACAAGGGGGGGCUGUGAAAUCACUGAAAUUUGGUUUAACAAAAACAAACAAUGCUUUUCACCAAGAACAACAAUCAUUUUUUGCAUUUAUCAAAUGAUUUAUGUAUUUUAUUGCAAAGGCUAUAAUCAAUAAAGCCAGUGAGCAGAUACAAGUCAUAUUACCUGCUGCACAGGAAGUGAAUAUAUAGUGUUGUGGCAAGAAAAAUGAACUUCCCCAUAGUCAAAGUGAAAAUAAAUAGCCUGGGAAACAAACCAUGGUUCCUCGCCUCUUCCACCGGUUCUUCAUCCACAGCCCUCUAUCAGGGCUUGCCCUGUGCUGGUUAAUCAUUGGCCAGGUGUGCUGAUGACAGCACCGGGGGCCAGAGUGCAAGAGCUGUGGUUUGUGGGUGUCGACGCAGCACUACUCUCUCCAAGGAACUGAAAUCAGAAUGAUUUCAAUAACAGAAUUUCAGAAGGUGGGUGUGGGGUUCAUGGGGUUCGGUGUGUUUUUCCUUCUGUUUGGCGUGUUGCUGUACUUCGACUCAGUCCUGCUGGCUUUUGGAAACAUCCUCUUCCUGGCGGGGCUUGCUGUGAUCAUCGGACUGCAUCGCACGUUCAACUUCUUCUUCCAGCGCUCCAAACUGAGAGGCUCCGCCUUCUUCCUGGGGGGUGUGGCCUUGGUGCUGCUGCGCUGGCCCAUUGUCGGUAUGGUGAUAGAGACCUACGGCUUCGUGCAGCUCUUCAAGACCUUCUUCCCAGUGGCAUUUGGAUUCCUUGGCUCGCUGGUUAAUAUUCCAUUCCUCAGCUUGCUGUUUAACAAGCUAGCAGGGAACAGCAGCUCCAUGGUGUGACCUGGACCACAAGAACCUAGUGCAGUACCAAAGAAAAGAGCAUCAUCGUAAAAGAAGAACUGGUGCUGUUACUAUUAGAGGAAGGAUAGGCACACUGAGAUACACUCUCUUCAUAACGAAUGGGGAAUUGAAGGGGUGACUUUAUUUAAUUUGACAGUUGAAGAAUGAAACAUGGAGCUGCACUUCUCCAAGCCUUCAAAAAAAGAAGAUGAAUCCAUAAAAGAAUCCGAAAUAAACCUAAAACAAUAAAAAUGACAAAACCAAUGACUCUUUCGAGCAGAGAGUCGAGCAAGUGUCAGAUUGUGUCCUGCGAUGGAGCAGUCGUGGACGACAGAGACCUGUGGCACUGUUCACUGUGCUCCGCUGUUAUUUAAUGCCUUGUGUACGGGGUGUCUCUUAGUGUCAUCUGGUGCAGUCUGCCCAGUCUGUGCUGUUAUUUCUGUUGUAACAAAAAACCCUACACACACAGCAUGAUUUUCAAAAGGGGCAAAAUAAGAACCAGGUCGCAAAAUGAUUUUUAAAACCUGACUAAUGUAACCACGUCAAGUGAAUACUUAUUAUAAACGUAUUAUUAUAAACUGCAAAACCAGAGAUUGUAUCCAGAACUACCAUUAAACACAUAUAAAAAAUCUAAACUAUGUUGUAUGUUCUAAGCACAGGAUGACAUGUAACCUUUUCAUGCAUCUUGACCUCAUAUGGGGACAGAUAACCCUCUUCCAGUCUUGGGGGACAUAUGGAAGACACAACUGCAUAGCCUCACAGCUGUGGCCAAAGUUUUGCAUCAUCUAGAAUAGAAAA